CUUCUCUCUCCUCUCCAUACGCAUACUCGGACGCGAAAACUGUCCGUGCACGGCAUCCCCGCUCCAUCGACAAGCCAACCCACGCGCCCCGUCGAAUCACGCCAGCAGUCUCCCAUCACGCAACUCCACCCCGCGCACGCGAUCAUCCUUCGACGCCUAUCUCUUCCUCGUAUCUCUACCACUCAGCUGAUACCACAGUCAACCUCAACAUGUCAUUUAUCGCCAACGGCAUUCAUCCCCUCGAGGCCUCUAUAGGCAGCGCGCCUGGUGGGGGCCAAGGCAAAAGCAUAAAUGGCGAUGGCUCGAGCGAGGCGGAAGGCUUCAGCAAUGGCACCAGGCAGCGAAAGAACCCCUCCAGAGCCGCCAGACCCUCGAAAUCCCAAUCAAUAGAUUCCUUAUCCCAUCUGUCCACCAUCCCCGAUGCCGACGCGCCCGCUUCGCCCAUUUCCGAAGAGUCCUUUCCUCCCCCGGCCCUGUCGACGCAAACGGGCACCGGCGACAAGCCUAUAGUCACGCGGAGGCGAAGGAGUAGUAGUGUCAAACGGAAGCCUAGUCCUGGGGUGACGCCUACGAAGGUUGUGGAUUGGGAGAUACCGCGAAAGACGUUCCAUUCUUCUAUAGGCUUCGUCACUCUUUUCCUGUGGUAUCUUGACCCCCCCUCUGUCGGCCCCCUCGUCAAAGUACUUACAGCACUCCUCGUCGGCGUCUCCAUCACCGACUUUUUCCGUCUUCGAUACCCCGCCUUUGCAGAAGUAUGGGAGAUGGUCGCUGGCUUCUUGAUGCGCGAGAGCGAGAGAGAUAAGAUCAACGGGGUGGUGUGGUACUUGAUUGGUGUCAUAUGGGUGUUGGUGCUGUACCCUCGAGAUGUCGCCGUGGUUGCGAUCUUGACCCUCUCAUGGUCCGACACCACCGCCUCCACCAUCGGCCGUCUCUGGGGCCGCUACACCCCUCCCCUCCCAGCGCAUUUCCCCGGUAUCCGUCUCCUCCCCUUCGCGCCCCGCAAGUCUCUUGCCGGCUUCCUCGCUGCCUCCGUCACGGGCUUCUUGAUCGGCACUGCGUUUUGGUGGAAUGGGAGCGGGGGGAAGUGGACGAUGUUGGAUGUGGAAGACUUUGGGCAUGGGUAUUGGGGGUUGUGGGUGACGGGGCUUGUUGUGGGUGUUGGGGGAGCUGUUGUUGAGGCGCUUGAUCUUGGGGUUGAUGAUAACCUUACCCUCCCCAUCCUCUCCGGCGCGCUCGUUUGGGGCUGGCUCUCGAUUACCAACUACUUGCUGUAAUCCGCUACCCUCGUUUCAACACACUCCGCCCUUCUUUUUACCCCUCGCGCUCUCAUAUCUCCUUCCCCCCUUUGAAACCCUGCCUCCCUCUAUCCCGCCUCCGCCCCAUCGCAUGGGAAAGUUGUAUCUCGUAGCUAUCACUAGAUCAAAUGAGUGAAUAAAUAUACCUGUGAGUUACCCUGACUUUGAUGGGUGGAGGGCAUGCUGGCUGAUCAGCGGUAGAUAGAGAUAGAAGUGUGGUAAAAUUGUGUUAUG